AUGGCAUCUACAUUUGAAGAGGAUCUGACCUGUGCAGUGUGCCGUGACAUCUACACGGAUCCUGUCAUAUUAACAUGUGCUCACAGUGUGUGUAAGGCCUGUCUAGAGCAGUUCUGGGAAGCCAAAGGGUCCAGAGAAUGCCCCUACUGCAGGAGGAAAUGCUCAAGAACGUUUUAUCCAACCAGCUUUGCAUUAAGGAACCUGUGUGAGGCAUUCUUACAGGAGAGGAGUCAGAGAGCUUCAGCAGGGUCUGAGGUGCUCUGCAGUCUUCACAGUGAGAAACUCAAGUUCUUCUGUCUGGAGGAUAAGCAGUCCGUGUGUGUGGUGUGCAGAGAUUCAAAGAAACAUGAAAAUCACAAUUUCAGUCCCAUAGAUGAAGCAGCAGAGAAACGCAAGGAUAAAAUCAAGACCAAACUGCAACCCUUACGGAAGAAACUGAAGACAUUUCAAGAAGUUAAACUCCUCGCUGCCCAAACAGCAGCUCACAUUCAGACCCAGGUCUAUAACACAGAGAUGCAGAUCAAGCAGGAGUUUGAGAUCCUUCACCAGUUUCUCCGAGAUGAAGAGGCAGCCAGGAUAGAUGCACUGUGGGAGGAAGAGGAGCAGAAGAGUCAGAUGAUGAAGGAGAAGAUUGAGAAGAUGAGCAGAGAGAUCUCAUCUCUUUCUUACACAAUAAGAGCCAUAGAGGAGGAGAUGAAAUCUGAUGAUAUCACAUUCCUUGAGAACUACAAGAGCACAGUGAAAAGAGCCAAGCGCACACUGCAGGAUCCAGAGAGGCUUUCAGGAGCUCUGAUCAAUGAGGCAAAGCACCUGGGCAACCUGAAGUUCAGAAUCUGGAAGAGGAUGUAUGAUAUUGUGCAAUACACUCCUGUCACUCUGGAUCCCAACACUGCGAAAGCCAACCUCAUCCUGUCUGAGGAUCUGACCAGUGUGAGACGUGGUUAUGAGUUACAGCAACUUCCUGAUAAUCCAGAAAGAUUUGAUAAGUAUUCCAGUGUGCUGGGCUCUGAGGGCUUUAACUCAGGGACACACUGCUGGGAUGUGGAGGUGGGGGAGAACCCUUUUUGGCAUGUGGGUGUGAUGACAGAGUCUCUCCAGAGGAAGGGAAACUAUACCUCCAUGAGUGGGCAGUGGUAUGUGUGGUAUAAAGAUGAUACAUAUAGAGCCCGUGCCUCAACACAUUAUGACACUCUACUCACAGUGGAGCAGAAACUCCAGAGGAUCAGAGUGCUGCUGGACUGGGACAGAGGAGAGCUCUCAUUCACUGACCCUGAUAAUAACACACACAUACACAAUUUUACACACACUUUCACUGAGAGAGUCUUUCCAUUCUUCAGCACUGCAUCUACCUUGACGAUUGUACCAAUAGGCCUAAAGCUUAUAAUGAUAACAGAAUAGAAAUAAACUGUGCUGUAUUUCUGUGUGUGUUUAGGGGGAGUGGGUGUC